AUGUGGCGUCGAUUAAAGCGGGUCACGAUCUACGCCGGCGUAGGAAGUGCGGUGGCGGCUGGUGGCUUGCUGCUCUACGCCUCGUCGCCCUUUACUGGUGUGAACGCGUCGACCUCACUCACCGGCCCACGGAAAACGACGCUAAUCCCCGACUUCCCCGCACCUGCAACCACCUUGGCGAAGCUGCAGGAGGGAAAGGAGUUUGAUCUGCUGGUUGUGGGCGGUGGCGCCACCGGUGCGGGCAUUGCCCUGGAUGCGGCCACACGCGGCCUUAACAUCGCCCUCGUGGAGAAGUACGACUUCUCCUCCGGCACCUCCUCGCGCAGCACCAAGCUCGUCCACGGCGGAGUGCGUUAUCUCGAGAAGGCCAUCAAGAACCUGGACUACGAGCAGUACAAGAUGGUGAGAGAGGCGUUGCACGAGCGGGCCACGGUGCUCAAGGUCGCGCCGCACCUCUCCUAUCAAAUGCCCAUCAUGCUGCCCAUCUACAAGUGGUGGCAGGCACUGGAAAAGUUCCCUAUGCUGCGCUCCGACUCGCUCGUGGGCGCAAUGGUAUACUACGACGGCGCCCACAAUGACUCGCGGACCAACAUUGCUCUUGCAUUGACCGCCGCCACGUACGGGGCCACUGUGGCCAAUCACGUCGAGGUAGUCUCCCUUAUUCGGGCUAAGGUGACGGAUGAGAGCGGCAAGGAGAAGGAAGUCGUCUCCGGAGCAGUCGUCCGCGACACGCUCAGCGGGAAAACCUGGGAGGUGAAAGCCAAGGGAGUGAUCAAUGCCACUGGCCCCUUCACCGACGCAGUUCGCAAAAUGGAUGAGGGCGAUAAGUGCGAGAACUUGGUCAUCCCCAGUGCGGGUGUGCAUAUCGUACUUCCGGAUUACUACUCUCCCCGCGACAUGGGCCUUCUCGAUCCGGCCACAAGUGAUGGACGAGUGAUCUUCUUUUUGCCUUGGUCCGACACCUUGCUGCGCGUGAUGACCCCUCACAAAAUCGUCGUUGACAGGAAGGGAACACCAUCAGCGCCGAGGCCACUGGAGGAGGAAAUCUCGUUCAUCCUCAAAGAGGUGUCCAACUACCUCAACCAGGAUGUCACCGUGCGAAGAGGAGAUGUGUUGGCGGCGUGGAGCGGCAUCCGGCCGCUCGUCAAGGAUCCUACUAAACUGGGCAAGGCUGGCACCCAAGAGAUGGCUGAGGAAGCCGUUGACAAGGCGAUCGCUGAGUACGGCCUCAAGCCACGCAACAUCUGUGUGACUACAGAUGUGUACCUCCUUGGCGCUAGAGAUUGGACGCCGACCAUGUUCAUCAAGCUCAUCCAAAAUUACGGUAUCCAGCGCGAGGUUGCACAACACCUCGCCAGCACGUAUGGCGAUCGUGCCUUUGAGGUGGCUAAAGUGGCGACACCGACUGGCAAGCGGCCGCUGGCCGAGGGCUAUCCCUACCUCGAGGAGGAAGUCCGACACGCCGUGCACCACGAGUACGCCUGCACGGCAGAGGACGUACUGGCGCGUCGCACGCGUCUGGCGUUUUUGAAUGCCAACGUGGCUUUGGAUGUCUUGCCGCGCGUGAUUGACAUCAUGGCCGAAGAGCUCCGCUGGGACGACGCCAGGAAGAAGCACGAGUACGAAAACACCAAGAAGUUCCUGCGUACCAUGGGCCUGGAAGACAUCAACUCGCGCGGCGUUUUCAACAACAUGGACAUCCUCCACUACCGAGAAUGCUUUGAUGCCAUCGAUACUGAGCACAAGGGCCACAUCUCCAAGCAAAAGCUCAAGGAAUUCGUCAAAUCGGAGAAGAAGGAUAUGCGAGACACGGAAAUCGAUGCACGGCUUGACUACAUCGACGAGAACAAGGAUGGUGUGAUCGAGUUCAACGAGUUCCUUGAGUUGAUGGCGGCCAUUGACACGCACGAGGAACGCGACAAGUACCGCCGCGCCCGGUCGAUGGAACGCAAGAUCCCCACCCACCGAUCUGCUGGCGGCUUGUGA